UAUAAAUGCUGGCGCAGGCCGCCCGUUGGCCUACAGGACCAUGGCGGCCAGGGCUUUCGGCAGGGUGGCGGGGCUCUCGGGCGCUCUGGCCGUGGGGCUCGGCGCCUAUGGAGCGCACGGAUUCCGUCGCAGUGAUCGAGACGAUUAUUUGAAAGAGCUGUUUGAGACUGCAAACAAGUACCACUUCCUGCACAGUUUGGCACUACUGGGAGUUCCUCACUGCCGAAAACCUUUGCUGGCCGGUACUUUGCUGACCUCGGGGAUGGUGAUGUUCUGCGGCUCCCUCUACUACCAGGCGAUCACCGGGGACCCCACAUUCACCAAGGCUGCGCCAUAUGGCGGAACCAUACUGAUUGUAGGCUGGGCAGCCAUGGCGCUCUGAGGCCGGGAGAGCCAAGGGACGUCAGGCCAAGGGAGCACGCAGAGAGAGGAAGAACUCAAAGUAUUUAAGAGCAAAUUGAGGUUUGCAAUUCACACGUGGCUGCACGUUAACAACACCCUUCUCUAUUAGAAACCAUCCCAGAAAGUCUCCAUUUAAUCCUGGUUGCUCAGACCAAUGUUCUCACAGCUCUCUCAGCCACUUGCUCUAGAGGGGGCCAGCGAUGGCCCCAAGUAGAAUCCUUGAACCCUGGGUUGCCCGUUGCAUCUUCCCCUCUUUCCGCUCCACCGACUAAAUUUCAGAUACUUUUGUCCCUUGAGGCAUUUAUUUUUUAUCCCCCCUGAUGGGAAAUGUUCCAAAGAAUGUGUAUUGCAUUUUUACAUGGGACGACUUUCCCUCCAUCUUAAUAUUACUGAUUAAUUUUGGCCAACUGUGUGCUUGAAUAUAUAGUCAGAACAUGAGGCUAAGGAGAAUCCCCACUUGCACCUUUCAGUGUUAAAAUUGAGGUUUCUUUUUAGCCCUUGAGUGCUAAUUUCUUAAAUCCUACUGGCAUUGGGAUAUAAACUGGGUGGGCACUGUGGUCAGCAUGGACUGAUUGGACCAAAGAGCCUGUAUCCCUGCUGCAUGACUCACUGCUUGGAGUAGGAGCAACGGGUGUGUCCCUGGUGUCCAAGCAAAUAUUUACACUCGGUGAACAGCUCUGAUCGUUCGUUCUCCCAUUGUUGUGGUGGCAAGUUGCCACGCACAAACUGCCUGGUCCAAAGUCCUUCAUUAGCUGUGAACCAUCUCAGCUUCAAUCUUUCACCUCUUUGGUUAUGGUGUGUGACCAUUCCCAGGGUCUUCCUGCUAUGCCAAACGAAUGCGAGGUCACCAGUAUCACAACAGAACUUCCCAGCUGGGAGUAGAAGCUCAGAGUGGUGUUUGUAACCACACCUGAUACGCCAGGAAGAUGUAGCUGGCUGCUCUCCGGUAUCCGGCAAACAACUCUGCCAGUAAAACACCACAUUGCUUGGCACAGCUUUCCUCCCCUAAUUAACACCGGAGAAAUUUCAGUCUAUUACUCACCUGUGAACUUGAACAAACCUACAAGAGAGAAAUGGGUCACACGCUUGGAAGCAGUACUGCUUCUGAUCUCAGUCAACGUUGUUUUGUAGACACUACACUUGUCCUGGUGACCCCCUACCCCCAAGCAGGAGGGAAAGCAUUGGGUCUUUGCUUCUCAGUACUUGCGGACAACUUUUUAAAAUCUCUACUGGAAAAUAAAAACAAGAUCAUAGAACAGUACAGCACAAUACAGGCCCUUCGGCCCACAAUGUCGUGCCGACCUUUAAACCUCGCCUAAGACUAUCUAACCCCUUCCUCCCACAUAUCCCUCUAUUUUAAAUUCCUCCAUAUGCUUAUGCUUAUAAGAGAUACUGGACAAUGGACAUAUGGAGAUACUGGGCAAAAAACUCGGCAGGUCAGGCAGCAUCUUGGAAAGGGAAAUGGUUAACAUUUCAGCUCAAAGCCUUCUGAAGUUUCAGCUCUAGUGACUGUUCUUUGACAUUGGCAGCAACGUUUCAGCUCAAAGACCCUUCAUUAGAACUGAAACUUCGUCAAAGUUUUUGAGCUGAAAUAUUAAGCGUUCAUCUUUCCACAGAUGCUGCCUGACCAGAGUUUAUCCAGCAUUUGUCUUUAUUUGAUUUCCAGCAUCUGCAGUUUUUUUUAAAAAAGAUCUCUCCUGGCUAGAUGGCUGAGAGAGAGAGAGAGAGAGAGAGAGAAUUCCAAAAUCAAACCCACCAAACCAGACAACUCGAAUGUCCUUGCCUUAUGCAAGUGCGACGAUCGUCAGUGCUUCCAUAUUUCUCAUAGUUUUUCUUUCCAGCCAUUUGGCCCACUGUGGCGAUGCCGACUCUUGAAGCAAUCCUGCUUCCACCCCCCCCCCUUCCCCCUCCCCCAACUCCACUCUCUCAAACCCAUCAACUUACUGCAUCUGCGAACACCCACCUACACCAGUGGCAAUUAGCCUGCUAACCAACACUUGUUUCAGAUGUGGGAGCAAACCAGAGCACGUGGAGGAGCCCCUGUAGUCACAGGGUUAUUAAUGCUGUUAGAUUGAAAGUGUUUUAAUAAUCGCCUCCCUUGGACAGCAGCACUGUCUUCCCAGCAUCCAAAACGUAGAGGUUCCAUCCCCAGGCAAGUAACUUUAAGCAUGGAACCUUGGAUAACAUUUCAGUGUAGUGUAGAGACCCAGCACUGUCUAAAGUGCUGUGUUUCAGAUGCAAGGUUAAACAGAAUUGUUGCUACAACAGCACUGGAAGAGAUGCAGGGAAACGCCUAGUGUCCUGUACAACAUUCUUCCCUUCACCAACAGUCACUAAAACCAGAAACUAGUGACUUAACUCCUUUCUCUUUUCGAAACUCUUCUGUGCAAGUUGAACUGCAUUGUUAAAUGCAUACCGAAAGUUGUGAGGUGAUUUUUGGGUUGAAUUGAGGAUUGAAAGUGCUGUAUAAAUACAGGUUCAAGUGAUCUCUUCGUCAGUCACACUGUGACACCUCAAUCAACAAUUCUUCCGUGAAAUGUAUUUUCUAAUUGAGUGCAGGGGGUGUAAGAUCGCUGCUUUAAAACCAUUGCAGGCUCAGUGAGGGCAAUAAAUAUUCAGGCCCCUGGAUGAGACAGGAGGGCUACUCGGCUUUAGUUAAAAACGAGCUGCUGGAGGAACUCGGCGGGUCGGGCAGCAUCUGUAGAGGAAAAUGGACGGUGAAUGUUUUGGGUCGAGACACGUCAACUCUCCAUUUCCCACCACAGAUGCUGCUCGACCCGCUGAGUUCCUCCAGCAUCUUAUUUGUUGCUCCAGAUUCCGGCAUCUGCGGUCUCUGAGCUAAGCUUCGUCAGAUCUCAUUAGCCAUUGCUUCAAUGAGCCACGUGGUAAAGCAGUUUUUGUUCUAUUGAGCUGCACGUGGAGGGUGGACAGGUUGGAAGGAAGAAAGAAUGCUUCAGACUUUCCCCUAAAUGUUUGCCGGACCAAGCCUGUAUCUUUAAUUAUUGUGCUGAAAAUUGCUCUUGAAACCUGUGGGCUUGAGUUUUCUGUUAAAUGCUGCUCCCUUGUCCAGAGUGACUUAUUUUGAUGGAAGGACUAUUAAUGUCCUACAAUAUAGAAUCACUGGAUUUGUCAUAAGUUUGCCAAUACAAGAGUGUGAUCAUGGAUUAGUGCUGAUGUUCACUAAAUUAAUACCAACAUUUGUACAAAAGUAAUAACAGGUAUUUCCAAUAAAAUUUGUAUCAUUUUAAAUAUCCAA